AUGAUAAUUCCAAUCCGCUGUUUUACAUGUGGCAAAGUUGUGGGCGACAAGUGGGAGUCCUACAUCGUUCUCCUACAGGCAGAGUACGCGGAAGGUGACGCCCUGGAUACCCUCGGCCUCCGACGCUACUGCUGUCGGCGCAUGAUCCUCUCCCACGUCGACCUCAUUGAAAAAUUGCUUAACUACGCCCCGCUCCAGAAAUGA